AUGAUCAUGGAGCAUUCGUCUCCUCUGGCGGCCAUGCAGCCUCCGUCAAUGCUGCUUGGCCAUUGCUUGCGACCUGAUACUUCGUACCCGUCCCUCUGUUCGGUGACGGGUGUUACCUCGAAUAGCUUCAACUUCAGGGAUUUGUCCAUGAAAAAGUCCGGUCCGGACUACUUCUCCAUGAACCCCCCUUCGGGGAUCUUCCCCGACAGCCAGUUUGGCGGCCGACUUCCCGCAGCUGGCAACGCCUCGUCGGUCUUUGUUCUCGUCGAAACAUGUGAUGACGACCCCCCGUUGCCAUCGUCGUCGCCAGCACCGGGAAUGGACUUUAUGGAAAUGUCCCCGCUGCCCCAUAAGAAGCCUGCGUUUGUCGUUACUGCCGAGCUGGAAGUCCACUCUCCCACGCCGGAGUCUACCCGCGUGAACUCGCCGGCCACCUCGGCGGCCCCCAGCCCUCUGCUGGAAUCGCCCAUCGAGGCACCGGAGCGAAAGCGUCCUGCGUUCCUUCGACCCACUCUUGCUAAGAGCAAAGCGCAGUCUUUCCAGCUUGGCAUGACCAGACCUGCUCCCGAGAGCAAGGCACCUCCCUUCCGAUUCGGAGCGAAGACUUCACUGAGCACGUCGACCUCGCUGGAGGACGUUUUCAAUGACUCUCCCCCUCGUGACAGACACCACUCCCGAAACUCUUCCGGUAAUAUCGCUCUCCCCCGUCUCCGGCCGCCCUUCCACCACGCCCGGAGCAGCGCUUCGCCGGCCCCCAGCUCUAUUCGCAAGCACUCGCAUCCUCUCAUGCGCCCCCGCAAGCAGUGCCGGCGGUCUUUGAGUAUGUUUGCGCAUCCCGCCGACGUCAUUGCCGACAAAGAGGCCAAGGUAACCACAAAUGCACCCCUCCAGUCCAUCAGUGACAUGGAAAGUCCGCCCAGCCCACAGCUGCCUCACUUCAUCCCUGAGGACCAGGCGGACAAUCUGCCUCGCAUCGACAAGAGCACACUCGUGGAUGUCUUGAAUGGAAACUACAAUGACCGUUUCGACAACAUCAUGAUCAUCGACUGCCGCUUCGAGUAUGAGUAUGAGGGUGGACAUAUCAAUGGCGCCACCAACUACAACGACAAGGAGCACUUGUCCACGCAACUGUUCGGCAUCCCCCAGUCCCGCACUGCUUUGAUUCUCCACUGCGAGUACUCGGCCCAUCGCGCACCGAUCAUGGCCAAAUACAUCCGUCACCAGGAUCGCGCAGUCAACGUCGACACCUACCCGUACUUGACCUACCCGGAUCUCUACAUCCUGGAUGGAGGCUACAGCUCCUUCUUUGCUGAGCACCGCUCGCUCUGCUUCCCCAGAACUAUGUCGAGAUGA